AUGUCCGGGAAGAAAUCGACCAACCUUCCAGUUCUCUCCCAGUCCAGGGAUCUCGUCCCAGUAGGCCCUAGGCAGGUCCAGGCCAAGCACCACGGAAAGCGGGAUGAGAACGGCCUCAGACCCUCAACAUCUCGGGCACUCGUCCUCCGCAACGGGAAAUAUGGCACAUAUGGAACUGGGGAACUCGUGUUGGCAAGCAGAAUAAGUGGAAGAGAAAAGCUCGACCUCCUCGCAGAAGAUCUCCUCUCCCAGAGAGCACGGACCGCUAUAAUGGCUCCUCUUCAGUUGGAAAAAUGCAUUUUGAUCGCAGAUUCCCAGUUCAACGCGUACCUGGAUGACGUCGCUACUCUCAAGGAUGCCGAACUAUUCUAUGACAAGAUACUAGACGAGAUCGUCGCCCGCACGCCACAAGGUAGUGCCAAGGGUGUCCAGGAUGCUCUCUCGGAUGCCUCUUAUGUUGCAUCAGUGGUGGCAACAAGAAUCCACAACGCACACACGAUAGCAUCGGGAUGGAGAAUUGUCCUGGACAUGCUUAGAGGAUUGGUCAAGUCUGGGCUCAAGGAUGGAACGGCCCACACACAACUCCAGAAAGACGAGGGGCUGCGGUCCCGUUACCUUGUCCUCUGCGACAUUGUCAACGUUUUGGCAGACCUUGGCCAAAUGCAGUUUUCUGUUCUUGCAACGACCACUCCGCACUAUUCUCGGUAUUUCAAAAUUGUAGAGAAUGUGCCAGUAGGCGAGCCAGAAAUAGCUUUCGAUUGGGGUGGCCUCAAGGAUGUCUGCAAGUCAUUCUUGGAUUCCAUAAUCAUAGAAUUAUGCUUCCCAAGAGCGCCGUAUCCGAAGCGUAUCCUUCUCCAGAUUCUUCACGACGCGGUCGACGAAUCCCCACGAGAGGCAAAACGCUUUCCACAGAAAAUGUGGGAUGCAGUUGGCGAUCUCUCUGUGACACUUGAGCUUCAAGAGCUCCUGGAGAGCCCAUCACUAGGGCCCGAAGGAGAAAAGCUCAAAGCUCUUCCACGCAAGAUGCCCGAACGAUAUGAGCUUUGGCUAGAUGCACAGUUUUAUUCCAAGCAAGCAUCUGAAUGUUACGACAACUUCAAAGAUAUCAUCAGCCCGCUGGAAGCGACGAGGGACCAAGCUGUUCUCGAUCAAUUGUGGGGAGUCGUGGAUAUGAAUUACUCACGGGCGUCGGAUGUCUCCAUUGAUGCGCUUUGGCAACUUGAUGAUGCAUAUCGUCGGACACCCCAAUGGACCGCUCAUUAUACCCCUGACCUCGCCACCUUUUAUGACUCAGAUGACUCAGAUGCCGUGAGGUCCCUGGUUAAGGUUAGACAUCCACGCAAAAAUGCGGUGAAGAAACCGCAGAAGAAGGUCCUUACAAUUACCGACGGACGGGAUGACGGUGUUGACUGUGAUUCCAUGCCUGAGCUCCAGUCCGUUUCGGAGUCGCCCGGAGAAACUGACGAAUACACAGAUUCUGACGAGCAGGGAGAGGUCGAUGAUGAAGACCAAGAAAGCGAAUACGAAUCGGAAGAAGAAGAUUUAUAUCGAACUAUGCUUAGGGAGGCGAUGGAUGCUGCCCUGGCUAUCCCCGAAUUCUUCGAUCCGAAAGCAAAUGUGCCCGAUUUUGAAGCAAUGGCAGAAGAGCGCAAGGAGAAUCCGUUCCUGAAAUUGCUCAGCUCACUACGAGGGCGCAUGUUUUCAUCCGAUGCCAAGCUUAGUGCCGCCGCUCGUGCCGAACCAAGGGAAGGCCGUUUCGGAGCUAAGCUACCAACCGUUAAAGGAGCGGGCAAAGUUGCUCCAGCAUUCACGGUCAGCUUUGCUGGGGUGCCCGACGAUGAUCUGCCUCCACUACAGCCUCUUCCCACCCCAAGGGAAAAGCGCGUCCCGAAGCGCCUCUGUAGAAAAUCCUUCAUCAUACCGGAUCCAUCAAGACUUAUUCCCCCUGCCGCCCCACAGCCCCCCCAGGACCGUCGUGCUGCAGUCGAGGAAGUUGAGGAUGAAGAGGACGCUCCGUCGGUAGCUAGCAAGAAGAAGAAGAAGAAAAAAAAAAAGCCAAAGAAGAAGCGGGCCGAAACAUGUGGAGUGGGGACAGUACCAGAGGCUGAGGUUUCCACGACGAGUCUAACUAGCGCACGUUCGCCCGCGGGAAGCACCCUGAAGUCUUCUCCGGGAAGACCUCUCCUUUCUGAUGGCCAUGUGGCAUUGCAUGGAUAUGCUUCAACCACAUCAUUACCUAUCGAGCCGACGACCGCCAAGUCUGGUCGUGCCUAUCUCCAGGAGUUGGGGAUGCCGAAAGAGAAGAUCAAGUCGCGCCCUGACCAUGCAUCCUUGUUUUCUGAUAAAAAAGGGUUCCUCUCCAAACUAAGCGGGGGAGAUAAAGCCAAGGAAAAGACAGAGCCGAAGCAGUCUAAUUCGAAUGCCAAUACGUCUACAUGGUUCUCCAGGCUCCGGAAGAAAACAGCUGGAUACAUGCAACAACUGUUGCAUCCUGGCGAAGAAAAGCAAGGGGGACUCAAGUGGGAGAGCUUUUUAAAGGUCAUGAGAGAAAUGGGUUUCUCAUGCGAUCCGAGUACUGCAGGAUCGUCUGUUCGUUUUGAUCCGCCGAAUAAACGGGAUAAGUCGAUCACCUUUCACAAACGUGCGGUUUUCGGCACCCGAAGUUGUCGCUGGGCUAACCUCUCUGUAGCACACCCUGAUCCGACUCUUCAUCCCCACAAGUUGAGAGAGUUUGGGAAACGGCUGAAAGAGUAUUAUGGGUGGUCAGAGGAAGACUUCUUGAAACGGACUGCCAAUGCGUGA